AUGUCAAGUGUGAGGUCUCAAGCUUCCGGAUCAACGCGCAUGCGGAUCCGCAACUUUCCGGCUGCGAUGGAUGAAAAAUACGUCACGCAAGUCUGGGAAAUGCUGAAAAAGGCCAUUCAGGAAAUUCAGAGGAAAAACAACUCUGGCCUUAGUUUUGAGGAGCUGUACAGGAAUGCGUACACGAUGGUGCUACAUAAAUAUGGCGAAAGGCUCUACACCGGGCUGAAGCAAGUCGUCGAAGACCAUCUGAGAAAUAAUGUGCGGGUGAAGAUUGUGGAGUCACUGGAUUCGGGCAACUUUUUGGAAGUCAUUAACGAAACUUGGAGUGAUCACACAACAGCCAUGGUUAUGAUUCGCGACAUCUUGAUGUAUAUGGAUCGCGUUUAUGUAGAGCAAAACAAGGUUGAACAAGUUUUCCACCUAGGAUUGGCAAUUUUUCGAAAUUUCCGAUGCUUUUCAGCGAACAAGUCCUUUAUCAGGAUUUCAUUCAUCUUCAUUUGCGAACGACAAUGCUAUCACUUAUUCAACAGGAGCGGCGUGGAAUUGACGGGAAUAAAAAGUGCAUGUCAAAUGCUAGUUGCUCUUGGAGUUCAUUCUCAUGAGGUGUAUGUGGACGAAUUCGAAACCCCUUUUCUUGUGUCUACUGCCGAAUACUAUCGUUGCCUAAGCAUGUCUUUCUUGGUAUCUAAUAGUGCUAGCUUAUAUGUUAGAAAGGUUGAACAAUGUAUCCGUGAAGAAUCUGAACGAGCAAAGCGUUAUUUGGAUCCGCAGACCGAAGGGAAGGUCCUUGAUGUGUUGGAAAAUGUGCUUAUCAAGGAGCAUAUGAACACCGUAGUUAAUAUGGAGCACAGUGGUGUUCACGUAAUGUUGAAAGAUUGUGAGAGGACUCCAGUUGUAUUUGUUGACGUGCGUUUAAUUUCGCUGGACUAUAUUUUUCUGCUCACUUUUACAGUAUCUGAUCCUUUUUUUUUCUUCACCGUGCCUUCAUUUCCUAAGAGUUCAAAUAAUUGUGUCGCUCAGGAUCUUCUGGAGCUAAAAGAAAGGUUCGAUGAAUUCUUACUGAUGUCGUUCCAACGCGACAAAAUGUUCAAGAAUAGGAUCCAAACUGAAUUUGAAACAUUCAUUAACCUUAACAAGAACAGCCCGGAAUAUCUAUCUCUUUAUAUGGACGAGAAGCUUCGCAGAGGAUUACGAUCGGAAAAUGACGAAAAUGCCGAGAGGCUUCUUGAUAAAGCUAUGGUACUGUUCCGCUUCCUGCAGGAAAAAGAUGUUUUUGAAAAGUAUUACAAGCAGCACAUGGCUAAACGCCUUUUACUUGACAAAAGCAUUUCUGAUGACAUGGAGAGAAUGAUGAUCAGCAAGCUUAAAACAGAAUGUGGUUGCCAUUUCACUCUAAAAUUGGAAAAUAUGUUUCGUGAUAAGGAACUGUGGGCAACCCAAGCCAAUCACGUCCGACUUGCUAGUUCUAUCGACAUAUCUGUACGAGUGCUAACUGCGGGAAUGUGGCCAACACAAAGUGUUCCUGUCUGCCUAAUUUUUCAGAUGUUCAGCAACUUUUAUGUAAGCAAACACAGUGGUCGAAAACUUACGCUAAACACAAUGUUGGGUACGGCUGACGUAAAAGCGAUUUUCUAUAGUCCAGUUUCCGCCGAUUCAUCUGAGGUGACUGAAACUCGUAAAGAAGAGAACAAGAUUCUCAUGGUUAAUACUCAUCAAAUGGUCAUUCUCAUGUGUUUUAACAACCAGCCUCGCAUCACCUUCCAAGAAAUUAUGAACCAAACCAAUAUAGCAGAAAGGGAGCUUAAACGUAAUCUACAGUCUCUUGCGAUGGGUAAGCCAACUCAACGUGUUCUGUCUAGGAAAGGGAAGGGAAAAGAUAUUGACUGCUCGGACGAAUUCUACGUAAAUGACAACUUCCAGUCAAAACUGACUCGCAUCAAAGUACAACUGGUAACAUUUAAAGGUGAAUCUGAGCCUGAAAAGAAGGAAACAAGAGCAAAGGUUGAAGAUGACAGAAAACACGAAAUCGAGGCUGCAAUUGUGCGUGUUAUGAAGUCCAGAAAGGUUCUUGAUCAUAAUAACCUCAUCACUGAGGUCACGCAGCAACUGAAGCACCGAUUUCUUCCCAAUCCAGUGCUAAUCAAGAAAAGAAUCGAAUCUCUGAUCGAGAGAGAUUACUUAGCGAGAGACGUCCAGGAUUUAAAACUUUACAACUAUGUUGCCUGA